AUGAGACACCAGCACAGCCUCACCAUGAGACACCAGCAGAGCCUCACCAUCAGACACCAGCACAGCCUCACCAUGAGACACCAGCACAGCGUCACCAUGAGACACCAGCACAGCCUCACCAUGAGACACCAGCACGGAUUCACCAUGAGACACCAGCACAGCCUCACCAUGAGACACCAGCACAGCCUCACCAUGAGACACCAGCACAGCCGCACCAUGAGACACCAGCACAGCGUCACCAUGAGACACCAGCACAGCCUCACCAUGAGACACCAGCACAGCCUCACCAUGAGACACCAGCACGGAUUCACCAUGAGACACCAGCACAGCCUCACCAUGAGACACCAGCACAGCCUCACCAUGAGACACCAGCAGAGCCUCACCAUGAGACACCAGCACAGCCGCACCAUCAGACACCAGCAGAGCCUCACCAUGAGACACCAGCACAGCGUCACCAUGAGACACCAGCACAGCCUCACCAUGAGACACCAGCACGGAUUCACCAUGAGACACCAGCAGAGCCUCAUCAUGAGACACCAGCACAGCCUCACCAUGAGACACCAGCAGAGCCUCACCAUGAGACACCAGCAGAGCCUCACCAUGAGACACCAGCACAGCGUCACCAUGAGACACCAGCACAGCCUCACCAUGAGACACCAGCACAGCCUCACCAUGAGAUACCAGCACAGCCGCACCAUGAGACACCAGCAGAGCCUCAUCAUGAGACACCACACAGCGUCACCAUGA